AUGCAAGGUCCCUAUCUCCCGUCCUCUCCAAGACCUGUUGCAAGGCCAAUCCCCUACGAGCUGCUCGUGGAGGAGAGCGAGCGAGUCGCCAUUGCCAAGGGGCAGCCGGCUUUCAUGCCCCUCAAUGCAGACGACGUGCUGGCAGAAUCGUUGCUGCUGGAGGCUGUCGGAGAUCCUGACUACAUGCAGUGCCAGGAAGAGGAGGGGACCUGCGUCCCCACAGAAAAGUUCGGCAGGCUCAUGGUGAACAUGUCGAGGAGCGCUCUCCCUCAGCAGGUCCAGACGUUCCUCAAGGAGAUGGCCUACUACGAGUGGAUGGCCUUGUAUGCUCAGCACAUCAGCCCCGCCCGCAGGAUGGAGCUCGAUGCCUACGUGCCGAUCAAGUACCACAUGCGAUGCCCGCAAGUCGCACAAAGAAACUUCCAGGAGGAGGUCGCCGCCAUGGAGCAUCUCGAGCCGACGGGUUUCAGCAUCCUGCAAUCCUUCGGCAGACCUUUCUUCUUCCCCUACCGCGUCCUCCCAAGUUUCCCAAGGUGGCAGAGCAGCAGCUACAGGAGGAGGGUGCUGGUGGACUGUGGAGCGGGAGGGUUCAGGAGGAGCGGGAAGUACCUGAUGGAUCUGUAUGCUCCUUGGCUGAAGUUUGAUGAAGUCAUUCUCAUCGAGCCGAUGGAGGACGUGGAGGUGCUGGAGAGCUACAGGAACAGACAUAACAUCACUGUGCUGAGAGAGCAGGACAAUGUCAAGGAGGAAGACUUUGUUGCCCUCAAGUUCGACUGCGACGACAACGGCGUGUCGGCGGGGACAGGGACGAUGGAGUGGGGAUUUCUCGCCGCGCUACUCUACUCCCCCCAUCUCUCCCUCGUGGACGAGAUCUUCGUCGAGCUGCACUUCUUCUACCCGCAGCUCUGGAAAGAUUCCUUCCUCCCGCACUCCAUGUGGCAGGCGUUUGACGCCCUCAGGCAGAUCAGAGCAUGCGGUAUCGCGGUCCAUGUGUGGCCCUGA